AGUUUCAUCGAUCAAAGCUACACGUGGAGUCGGCUUUGCAUUAGUGAGGAGCAUUUUCGACAGCUCUUCACGCGAAUGGCUGUUCACCCUGAUUUUUUGCAUGUAGUCCGCUUGUUUUGCGAAAAGACAGGACCUGUGGAAGAAGGGUUCAGUUCGCUAUUCAUGCACAUGUCUGAGCGACAUGAUUUCAGCCAUGACUCCAUAUCAGGCCGAGACUGCAGCUACUAUGUCGGAUACAACAUCAAGUAUGUCGCAAAACACGGCCGACGCUAUCCAUCGGACCCAUUUUCGAUUAGAGAGGUUGGUGUCUAUCAACACUUUUCGUCUUCGGAUCAACAGUGUCGGUGGGUAUUCUUGCAAGCCCCGAACCAUCUCAAAGAUCGGCUAAGGCAUAACCUCGAGUGCCUUGACAAUCGCUCGCCUACAAGUCAGGUUUUGCAGCAUUCAAUGUUGCUCGUUCAAUUAUCUGAGGAUUGGCGUGAGUAUUUGAUGUAUCUUGAAGAUGAAUUCUCCAAAAUCGUUGAUCGAGGCUUCUUCACCAAUGUCAAAGAGCUCCAUGAUGAAGGCGACGUGCAAGCCGACUUUUCAGACCUCAGGAAGCUACAUAUCCUGACCGACAAGCUGCUGCGACUGGCCCAUAUACUGAAGAUGAACAUUCGACUAGGACGUCAACUAAAAGGUGGAAUAUCCGACCUGAAGACGAUGUCAUCACCGAGUUUGCAAAUCGGCCUGGGCGAGAUGCAAGCUCGAUUAGACGGAUACGUGUACGGACAAGAGAUGAGUCUGGCUAGGAUUGAAACGCUAAUUGCGAGGUCUGGCGGAAUCGGUCAACUUGUGAGCAUUUGUCUGCACAUGCAAAGAUUGACAGAACAAGGCAUCAAAGAAAACGGAUUCAUCAAACGGCUUACAGAACAGUCUACGAAAGACACAAGGUCCAUGAUGGCAAUCGCAUUAAUCUCUGCGAUAUUUUUACCUGCAACCUUCCUCGCGGUAAGUUGGUUGCACACUCACAAACUGGUCACUUGGUGCGACUAA